AUGGUGGGAAUGUUUGUUGCCGAAAUAGAGGCAGCCAUAAACAAGGUCGAUGCUACAUUCUACGUAGCCGAAAACGGAAUGCAAAGUCUUCUGGGAGAUGAAACGGCCAAAAGGCUUAAGGUGUUAAAGAUCGGCUACAACGUUGGUUCGGUCCAAGAAAUUCCAGCUGCAUUUCCGAAGAUCAAAGGAGUUCUUGUUGAGAUUCCAGUGAACCCCGAUGUCAAACCCGUACAGCAACCAUACCGUCGUGCUCCAUUCGCAUUGGAGGACAAAAUUGCGGAAAAACUUCGAUAUCUACAGAACCAGGACAUUAUUGAACGGGUGCAGCAACCGUCGGCAUGGGUUUCCCCAAUUGUACUAGUUGUGAAGGAUAAUGGUGAGAUACGUCUAUGCGUCGACAUGCGUAGAGCAAAUCAAGCUCUAGGGAAACGCACCCACUGCCAAUAA